AAGUAAGCAAGAUAUGAAAAAACGGUAAAAGAGUAUUAUAUAUACAUGUUAGUCUUAAAAGUUUUUUCAAAUGAGAAAAUAAAAGAUACAUUGGCAUUUCCCUUUAAGAGACGAUUGGGGACGAGUCAGGGUUAAAUAUUUAUUGUUUGACAGUGACAUGACGUAAGGACUUCUAAGGUCAACUUUUUAACAUUUUGUUCAUUGUCAUGCAGCACUCGGUACUGUCAUUCCAGCUUGCUCUGUUAGAAUCUCGUCACUUGUAACGUCAGUACAUCUCCAUCUGUCGUCCGGGACAUCUAUUCCCUGAGGUUGAGCGGAGCAUUUGACUGAAUCAGUACAGCGAUGGCAAGGUACUUGAAGAUUUUAAUUAGAUCAUUACUAGUGGCUAUAGGUUUGGUUUCGCUUUAUCUGAUUUAUGGACAUAAGAAACCAAAAAGUGCAGGAUUCAACUCGAAUGGGCAUCGUACCAUCGUGAGCAAAAUACCGGCAAGUCAUGUGGCCAAAGAGGGAAUUCUAAGGAAACGUAACAUAAUGUUAUUUGUCGGUAUAUUUUCGGCUCCAAUACGCAGUGACCGUAGAAAUGCCAUUCGCGAAACGUGGAUGAAAGAGUGUGAAGGGAAUGCAAACGUGGCCUGUUUGUUUUUUACUGACGCACAAGAUGUAAGGGGCAUGCCUUUGCAUGGCGAAAUAAAAACAAAUUUGGACAAUGAAAGCAGAUAUUAUAAAGAUCUUAUUUUUGCUAAGUCACCGGGUGGUCUAAACUUUGGUCGUAGAAUACUGUGGAUGUAUGAAUGGGUAAUCGAGCGUUACGAUUUUCAAUAUGUAUUGCGUCUCGAUGAUGACUAUUUUGUUUGCUUUGACAAGUUAAUUGAUGAAUUACAUCACAGACCGAGGAAACUGUUUACCUGGGGUUGGUUACAUUGCCGUAAAAAAGGUAUACAUAUAUAAAUGUAUACAUAUAUUCAAGUCAGAAUUACUCAACCAUGCAUUAAUUAUAUACAAAGCGCUCAGCCGGCUAUAGAAUUACAUUACAUAUAUAUAUAUACUGGUAGAGAGCCGAAAGGUAUGCCAAGCGUACAUGCGCCCGCUGUCACUGUGGACAGAAGUUCCAUGUUCCCAAUUGGUUGAUUUGACCUAUGAUUGGUCACAUUCAGCACUUCCGAUGGCUUGGUAUCAUCUAUAAACAUCGAAACUUGUUCCGCAUUAGUUGAAUUGUCUGUCACUGCAACGUCCGGUAGGCGAUUGAUCUUAGCAGUAAAAGAAAAGGGGCCAAUCUUGCUCCCUUGCGGUACGCCAGCGUUAAUAUUUCCAGAUUUGCAGUUCUUGAUAAGGGUUGAUACUUGAUGAAGGCGUUUCUAACUGAUUGAGCAAAAUGAAAUUUUAGAUUAAAAUUAACCUUCAAGGGGACUUGCUCUUAUUCUUCAAACUCAUUUGUAAUUCAGUUACGCCUCCUUGUAAGAUUCACUCUUUUUCUCCAAUAAUAUCCUGCAAUGGUUUUAAAAUUAAAUAAAAACAAAUACUGGGGGCCAAAAAGAGGAUUUCUAUUUCCAUUUAAAAGUUUGAUAUUUUCAUGCUCACUCCAUUAAAAGGUAGCCAUCUAUUUUAAUUUUAGGGAAUGUACGUCUUGAUGAAGCGUUUAUUAUCAUCACCAGAGAUCUCAUUCAAUCAUUUCUUGAUCGGAAAAACAGCACAUUAUUAUGCCAUGCCCAUGGUGGUCUAAGUAUUGGAAUAUGGCUGAAUGCUAUCCCUAGAUUUAUAACAUUUGCAGAUAUGGGAAGAGUAGGUAGUCUAGGACCAGACGAAAAGGUCACGAGACGUACUGGAGACGAAAUAUGCCAAACGAAGCUUGCUAUACACAACGCUUAUCCAGAAGAGAUGAGAUUAUUCUGGAAUAUUUCCCAGCAUGAAAGCAAGAAUGUUAAACCCGAAAUACCUCCCGUUACCUUUAAUUGUGAGUUGCCACAUGGCAUUGACGUGAAAAGUAUUCGACCGCCGCGUGAACCAAAACUAUGCAAAGAUAAUCCAGCAUGGGAUUUCGGAGAAUAUUGGAAAGGAAGCCAAAAAAAACAAAGAACUAAAUGAAAUGUGAUCCUAUGCAAUUCGGCAACGUAAAGAGAUUUUUCGAUUUUAGUGAUAGAUAACUCCCAUCCUGACUUAACAUGCAACGACAUUUAUGACAUCUCUUUUUCAAAUUAACUUUUCUCCUUGCCUGUUUAUCACUAACCGCAAACAUUUAACAUUGGGACCGAGGGAAACAGUAUGUUUUAUGAACCUGAGAAUGCCAAAUAUACUGUUUCGCGAACGUCCCAGUCAAUAGUUACCGCCAUUAAAAAACUCGGGCUGAUCACUUCCUGCAUGAUCAAUCACAUUACAGUGUUACAAUUGUUGUUGUUUAAGAUUGGAUUAAAAAGAAAGGAAAAAGUUAACUUUCUAAUAACAACUUAAGAGUCCGUCUCUGUAAUUUCCGACCACUCGAUACUGGUUCAAAAAUAAACCUAGCCUUAAACUUUGUGUGUGGAUUAAGAAACCCUUGCUUAUCAUCAAUACAAAAGGGGUUUGUUUCAAAUUUCAAAAGAUUUCGAUAUUUGGGCAAUUUUACGUGUGUACGUCGAAGCACAAAAUUAGCAUCGCUGCAACACACAAAAAUUAGUCAUCUUUGUCACGUUCUCGCGCUCUCAAAAAUGAUUCAAUCCGAGAUAUACUCUGCAGGCCUGCAGUUUAUUACACUAGCUCAGCAUUUAUGAACUCAAACUUUGGAUGUCUUAAAACAACUUGGAGAUAGUGCCGACUAUAAAUACGCGGCUAAUCGACCGGGUGAAAAAGUAGCAUUUCUAAAUAUAUAUUUUCUCCAUACUGGCACAACUCUACUUAUCAAGAGUUGUACACGCUUAAUAAUUACGAAUAACAGCACUAGUUUCCGUAAAAACAUCCAUGGCUAUCAUCACUGGGACAAAAUAAAACAAAUUUGAAAUGUGAGGAUUUUACAUACCUGCGCACGCUAGUUACGGCAAUUUACAUUCAUAAUUAUCCGCUACAAAUCGUAAAACAAUCGCACAUCAAAUAGCUUGGAACAGUGGCUAAUACUGCAAAAUGUGUUGAAGUCAAGUGUCAUUGUGUCAAGAUGUAAUGUGACACUGUAGAAAGUCUCGCUUCAUCAUCUCCACGUUUAUAGCCGUUUUAUUACAACUGUAGUUUUAUCCAUCUUCCAAAUUUGAAUCCACACAAAAAACAGGAUCCUCCAGAGUACAUAACAGCAUAACUGUAUUCAAAUGCAGGCUGGCUGUAUAAACUGUUCAAAGUCCAUGAUGUCCAUCUAAUUUGCAACAAAUUCAAAUAUUCAAUGCGACGUUUCAUAGCAUGUUGACAUUUGCGUUGUCUGAUAAACAAACUUGUCAGUUGCAUUGGCUGUGGCAUUGGUCAGUUGUCGCCAGUGCUUCCACAACCACGUCUUCAAAUGUCCUUUCAUGAUCAAUUUCAUAAUCUCAAAAUUUCUCUGCCACCGAAGACAAAAGAAAGAAAAUUCAGGCAAAUUCGAGUCAAUUUAUCACAACACAUGUUUUAAAAUUAAGUUGUACUGUAAGUACCAUCGAUGCAGCCCCGGCGCAAUGCUUGGCCCCAAGUAGGUCACAUCCAUUUGCGCUUUUGCAUAUAUUAAACAGCGAUAAUUACACAUUUUAGCGCAAAGGAUCGACAGUAUUAAUCAAUAUAUAAAGCUCUCUGUUUUGACGCAGACGAGUCCACGCAUAAACUUCGAAAAUAUAAUUACAUUACCUGAAAUUUUAGACAAGCUUGCAAAAGGAAGUGGAAGCACUGAGGACAGUUCGUUAAUAUCCUUUGAACUUAUAAACUGUGGUUUCUAUAAUAUUCACGAAAAAGCAUGCGGAUUUUCCAGUUUAAGUAAAGCGAAAGAUAACGUAUUAUUGCAAGACUGCACAAGCGAUAUUUCAAAGCACUUGGCCAACUGUCACUUACCUAAGUCUUUACAAGAGUAUGAGGUUAUUCUAGCUCGUGCAGGGGUUUUUCGAUGGAGUAAAGAGUUCCUUGAAAACACUAUAAUUUGCCCUACUCACCGAGACGAAUUAGGAAAGUAUUGGCGGCCCUCCAAAUCUUGUCAGUACCCAAGUCACAAAGGAAAACCAAAACAACUGAAGGACACUCACGUCAUUAAUAUCAAGGUUGCCACAGAAAUUUUUGACUUGUUUGGAUGCACAGUUCCAAUCGGAUCACGUAAGUCAUUAUUCGUUUGCGCACCUUCAUACUAAAAUACGACUUUCUUUCUUAUUUUUGAGAGUUUGAUUUUGUUCACAGCAAUUUGCUCAACAUGCAGACGAAGUCAUGGGGAGUCAACAUGGAAAGCAGAAGAAGGUAGAAAUCAAAGAAGGGCAUAUGAAAGGUUCGUUUUAGCAGUCGGAUAAAUUAAUAUUUAGGUCAACCAAUUUCGCGCUGCGGAAACGUGCAUCAAGGUUCACCACAAGCAUCCUGUAGUGAAUGUCUCUCAAGCUUGAACCUCAGCUGGUAUAUAUGGGUACACUGUACAUUUGCCAUAUUGAAAAUUAUCUUUGUUUUUCUUGCAGAGCAACAAACAGUCCAGAUGCACGGAAUCUUCCCGAUAUAUCAAAACUUAGUGUUUCAACAUAUUCUGAAAGUAGUGCAUGGACACCUGGUGCAUUUUCUAGACUUACCUUGAGCAGUGAUGAUUCACAUGAAGACCUUUCAGCCACUGGUGCACUAGAAACUUUCAAUGAAACAAUGGAAAAACUGGCUGAACAUACAUCUAGAGAAAUUACACCGUUGAAAUUUCAACUAACCAGUAUGUGGGACGAAGCAACACCCGAUGAAAAGCAAGCAUGCUUGGAGAAAGCCGAAGAGGCAUGUAGGGUUGUGUGUGAUAUAAUUGCUCCUGCGGACGGCUCAAGUCUUUAUGACUCACUUCUGAGUGAAUCAGACGGGGAACACAUCUCAGGUGACCUAGUUGCCUUAAUGACUGCAUUUGCAGAUGCUCCAACGCGUAAGCUGAAACUACAAAUACUAAGUAUAUAUGCAUACCGAUAUCCAGUAAACACACUGAUUAAACUUCACGAGCCAUACGGAGGAGUUUCAAAAUGGCAAAUCAAGCAAGCACGUGCCCAUGCAAAGUUGAAUGGACCAGGAUCAAUUCCGGAAAAGACUAUUUCCCACAGAGUGCGUAUCGAUCAGAGUAAACUUGACCAUUUCCUUUCUUUCAUUAACCGCCCAUAUUUCUAUCAGGAUGUUGCAUUUGGUAUGCGUACGAUGACAUUGAACAGCGGGGAGAAAAUCGAGAUGCCUAAUAUCAUCCGCACGGUCUCAAGAUCCACUAUAGUAGCACAGUACCAAAAAUAUUGUGAAGAAGAAAAGUUUGUACCGAUUAGUAGAUCGACAAUGUUUAGGAUCUUGGAGGUACGAGAAGCGUCGCAGCGUAAAUCACUAAGUGGGUUGGAUAAUACAGCAACUGAUGGAGCUAUGGGAUUUUCAACAUUGGAGAAUAUCGUUUCUGAGUUGGGUCAAUUUGGUGCUGACAAGAGAUGGGUUGAAGAUACGACGAAGAUCCUGCGUGAUAGUAAACUGUACCUUAAAGUCAAGUACCCCGUUGAUUGCACAGAAGAAAAUGGCAGUCUUUGCAAAGACCACUGCAGGAUGUAUGCUCUCAGUGAUCCCAAAGAUAAGGAACUACAACAAACUUGUCCUCAUGAGCAUUCAAUGAAAUGUGAAGAAUGUGAAAAUCUAAAAUUUGUCAUCAAAGAUAUUGAAGAAAAAGUCGAAAACCUGUGCCAACAUUCCAGCAUGACAGAAAGGCGGGAAGAUAUGCUCUACGACCUAAAACAGGCUGCAAAGGAUAUUUUUGACUGGAAGUCUCACAUAUUGCGCUCGACCAAUCAAGAGAAUGGGAAGCAGGACGCCCUUCGGCAACUCGAUGAGAAGACAGUUCUAGUGGUCAUGGACUGGGCCAUGAAGUUCCAGCCGAGAAAAUAUCGAGAGAAACAAUCUGAAUGGUUUGGGAAACGUGGGUUGUCGUGGCAUGUUAGCAGCGUUAUUUCAAAGCAUGAUGACACAUUGAGCGUGCAGUCUUUUGUUCACUUAAUUGACAAUAGUAACCAAGACUGGUUUUCAGUGGCGUCAAUUGUAGAAAAUCUUCUUCAGACAGUGAAACAGGAAAACCCGCAGAUAACUAAAGCAUUUUUAAGGUCGGAUGAAGCGGGCUGUUAUCACAACAAUAUGCUGAUUUUAGCGUGCAAUGAUCUUUCUCAGUCAAGUGGUGUACAGAUUGUAGGGUAUGAUUUCUCUGAGCCGCAAUGUGGGAAAGACAUUUGUGAUAGGAUUAUUUGUCCAAUGAAGUCAACUAUCAAUUCUUUCUGCAAUGAGGGACACAACAUUCUUUCUGCCGUUGACAUGCACACUGCGUUAAAAGAACGACCGGUAAAAGGAGUGACUGCCAGCGUUGGAGUGAUCGACGAAUCUAAAAAUACUUUCGACGUUCAAAAAAUGGACGGAUUCAGCAAAUUCCACGACUUUCGCUUUGAAAAGAAUAAGCUAAGAGUCUGGAGGGCUUACGGUAUCGGAAAGGGUAAAGUAGUUAAAACUAAAUCUCUGUACAAAAAUCGCCUGGUUCACCCUUCUUUACUGCACCUGUCAGAUGAGCAUGGAUUCUUUCCUUGCAAAAGUAGAACAAUGGACACAAAGGAAGAUGCAAAGAAGAAUGAAGAUCAAGAGAUUCAUGUAUUUGAUUGCAAUGAGCCAGGGUGCGAUAAGUCGUUUGACACAUUAUCUGAUCUGGAACUCCAUCUAGAUGUUGGAAACCACCAAUCCUCUACACAUCGGCCUAAAGAGAAUUUGUACGAUUCCCUAAGACGAGACUGGGCUAAGCAGUUUUCCACCAUCACAAAUCUCAAGCCAAACAAGGACAAAGCGAAACACAAGGAACUGCUGUUUGGUGGUUCUUCUGAAUUAUGUGAAGGGUGGGCGUUGGCAACUAGUUCAGGAAAUGCUCGUUUUGCAGAACACGUAAAGUCAUACUUAACCACAAAAUUCGACCUGGGUAUAACGACCGGUAACAAAAUCACACCAAAAGAGGUUGCACAAGACAUGCGUCGUGCAAGCAACGAGGAAGGGGAAAGACUCUUUUCAAGAGACGAGUGGCUGAAAGAGAGCCAGAUUAAAGGCUUCUUUUCUAGGCUGACAUCCUCACGAAAAAGAUCAGCACCUUUAGAAACCGAAGAAGAAUCAGACGAUGAGUGGGAAGAGUAUGAAAAUGAACUAGAGUUGCUAAAUUUUAUCCAUGAACGCAUUGGCUUGAAGCAUCCAAUUAUCUAUGAUACUUUUAACCUUUGUGAAUAUGCUGCAAAAGGAAGACUCGCAAAACUUAAUAAUACUAUAUUAAAAGAAAUUCUUGAUUACUAUGAAAUAAUUUACACAUCAAAGGAAAGAAAACAAGACUUUGUAACAAAGAUCGAGGAAAUGGUGAAAGAAUGUGGGUGCCUGCAUUGCCAUUGAUGGCGAAACUUUUCCUGCAUGACCGUCGCUUGCAACUAAGGAUGAACAGUCGCUGAUAAAACACUGUCUAUUCUCACAAGAACGCCCAUUGAUUUUACCAAGAAAGUUCAAAGUUUGUAAUGACCAUUUGACGGUUUCAAUUAGAUCAGGUAAUUGUCUAGUCUCCCUCGCAGCCGCUAUUAUUACCAUUUGCAAGCAACCGUUCGGCCCAAACAUUUCUAUACGCGUUGUUUUACACUUGAAACAUGCACGUUUGGCCUUGGAAACGUGUAUGUUUGGCCUUGGAAACAUGUAUGUUUGGCCUUGGAAACAUGCACGUUUCUAAGUGGUUUUAGACAGUAAUUUGACAUUUGACGAGUAACGCCCACAUGUUUAUCAAACGUAAGGGUACAUUCAGAGCAAAAUUUGAAACGAUUGUGAUUUUAUACAAAUUGAAUUAUUAAUUUUACUAAGUAUCAACAUUAAUAACGAUGCCAGUGCAAGUAAAAACUUUAUAUGGUCUAAAACUACUGUUUAAAACUACUUAGUAAACAUGUAUGCCUUCAAGGCCAAACGUACACGUUUCCAAGGCCAAACAUGCACGUUUCCAAGGCCAAACGUGCAUGUUUCAAGUGUAAAACAACGCGUAAAAAUGUUUGGGCCGAACGGUUGCUUGCAAAUGGUAAUAAAGAUUCUCACGCGAAUAGACAAUUUUUUAUCCGCGACCGCAACUGUUCACCUCUAGUUGCAAGCGACGGUAAACGAGGCGAAAAUUGGCAAGUUUGUUUAUCAUUAGAAAGAACGCAAUGUCAAAAUAAAGUUCCCAUUCAAUUUGUUACAAAGGCAUCAUCUUCAUGCAGUUUGUACAGCCUGCAUUCGAGUAAAAUUAUGUCUAUGGAGGACGCUGUUUUGUGUUUUUAUGGCCGCUUUGGAAGUUGGAUAGCAGCCAUAAACAUAGCGCCGCUGUAUCGGCAUGGAGGUGAUGAAGCGAUCUUUCUUUCCACAGUCUCGCAACAUAAAGAAAUCCUUGAAAGUGUUCUCAACACAACGACACUUGACUUCAACACAUUUUGCGCUAAGAUGUGUAAUUAUCGCUGUUUAAUAUGUGCAAAAGCGAAAAUGGAUGUGACCUACUUGGGGCCAAGCAUUGCGCCGGGGCUACAUCGAGGGUACUUACAGUAUGACUUAAUUUUAAAACAUGUGCUAUGAUAAAUUGACUCAAAUUUGCCUGAAUUUUCUUUCUUUUGUCUUCGGUGGCGGAGAAAUUUUGAGAUUAUGAAAUUGAAUGUGAAAGGACAUUUGAAGAGGUGGUUGUGGAAGCACUGGCACAAACUUGUUUAUCAGAUAACGUAAAUGUCAAAAUACUAUGAAACGUCGCAUUGAAUUUGUUGCAAAUUAGAUGGACAUCAUGGACUUUGAACAGUUUAUACAGCCAGCCUGCAUUUGAAUACAGUUAUGCUGUUAUGUACUCUGGAGGAUCCUGUUUUCUUUGUGGAUUCAAAUUUGGAGGAUGGAUAGAAUUACAGUUGUAAUAAAACGGCUAUAAACGUGGCGCCGCUGUAUCGGCAAGGAGAUGAUGAAGCGAGACUUUCUACAGUCUCGCAUUACAUCUUGACACAAUGACACUUGACUUCAACACAUUUUGCAGUAUUAGCCACUGUUCCGAGCUAUUUGAUGUGCGAUUGUUUUACGAUUUGUAGCGGAUAAUUAUGAAUGUAAAUUGCCGUAACUAGCGUGCGCAGGUAUGUAAAAUCCUCACAUUUCAAAUUUGUUUUAUUUUGUCCCAGUGAUGAUAGCCAUGGAUGUUUUACGGAAACUAGUGCUGUUAUUCGUAAUUAUUAAGCGUGUACAACUCUUGAUAAGUAGAGUUGUGCCAGUAUGGAGAAAAUAUAUAUUUAGAAAUGCUACUUUUUCACCCGGUCGAUUAGCCGCGUAUUUAUAGUCGGCACUAUCUCCAAGUUGUUUUAAGACAUCCAAAGUUUGAGUUCAUAAAUGCUGAGCUAGUGUAAUAAACUGCAGGCCUGCAGAGUAUAUCUCGGAUUGAAUCAUUUUUGAGAGCGCGAGAACGUGACAAAGAUGACUAAUUUUUGUGUGUUGCAGCGAUGCUAAUUUCGUGCUUCGACGUACACACGUAAAAUUGCCCAAAUAUCGAAAUCUUUUGAAAUUUGAAACAAACCCCUUUUGUAUUGAUGAUAAGCAAGGGUUUCUUAAUCCACACACAAAGUUUAAGGCUGGGUUUAUUUUUGAACCAGUAUCGAGUGGUCGGAAAUUACAGAGACGGACUCUUAAGAGUGUUGGGCAAAGCCAUUAACAUUCCACUCUCCAAAAUAAAACGAAAUUAACAGUUUUCCUUGGUUUUUGUUGUAUGUAAAAAUAAAAUCCUUUUCCUCAGAAACCAUAAGCCAAACUUUGUGCCCCUUUCUUGAACCAGAUGCAAGGAUUCUUUUGAAAUAAAAUAUAACUUCUUCGGCAGGAAGGCCAGACAACAACACAAACAGCUCCUUUAGCAGACGAAUGGACGUCAAGCGAACAACUUCCGUACUUUUGUUGUCGCUGUGGCAACAAAAAGGCACGCCAAAUCCGUCGGAAUUUUGUACAACUUUGGCGAAGAUGGCAAAAAUUUCCCUCGGCAUAUCACAACUUAUUUGGCCGCAGUAAGCGUUGCGAUAGCCCGCUUUCCUGGCCAGUCGACGAUAAAUAGCUUUCAGCCACAGCCUCACUUCAUCUUUAAUUAUUGUACUAGCAUGUAUUGGGUGACUUGCCAGCACUCUUGCCCCUUGGCCGAACGCUUCUUGUGCACCAAUACGACAAAGCUCGUACAAGGGUUCUAAAAUGUGGGCGCAAGAAGACAAAAAGAGCUCUUUGUCAACUUCCCCAUCGAUGAGUGCAGAACUUAAACCACGUUUCAACCUUUCCCCGACAUUUACUUCUUCCGAAUUCCCUUCCCCUUCGCUUUCAUCAAACAUUUGCUCCACUACUUGUUGUGCACUCAUCGACACCGCCAUUUUGAAUUUCUGCGCACUCAUGGGCAAAACCGCUGAAUCUCAUGCAUGGCGAACUUGGCCGAAUUUGCUCUAUUUUAUGCCAAGCGUGUUUAAAAAAGUACAACACGGUUUUUGUUCUCGAUUUUAACUGAAAAUAAGCCAGCAGUUUCAUGAAUUAGUGGCUGUUCAACUGUGAAACAAAGUUUGUAUAGUAAAUAUUGUUUUGAUGUUGAUGUCUUUGGACUUUGAUAAUUUAAUCGUUGUUGUGCUGGUUUGGGUAAGUGUAAUGCAAGCUGGUAUGCAUGAAAUUGCAGUGAAAGACUGAUGUUAUCGUUCAUUAUAGCUAGCGCAUCAGUUGCAUUUUUAUGUUUGUUUAUAAUGGUCUUAAUACUUUAUGUGGAGUUUUUACACUUCAUCUGUUAAGAAAGGUGAGGGGUUGCUGCAUGCAUGUAUUUUCUAGUAAUUAAAGAAACAAAAUUCGUAAACAUUAAAUAUUCAAAGGAAACUUGCCAUAUAUUUCACGAUUUCCCAUAGUAAAUCUAUUCUCAUCUCUUCAAACAGAAUUGCUUCAAUUAAGCUUGUUGUAUAUGAAACGAUUUUCCAAUUGAAAUCUUGCUCAUCCCACUCCUACACGCAAUCAGCCAUAUUUUAGAGAUCAGUGAGGAUGACUACCCACUCACCAUCAUUGGUGACCAAUGCCCACAAUAUUUGAUGAACUUUAGACUUCGCUAAUGCUUUCGUUUCCCAGGGUGUAAAUAGCCAGGGGGAAUUAGUACCCUCGCACGGCGCUUUGCUCCGUCGGCUCGGGGAUAACAUACCUACAGUACAUAUGUCGGAAAUACAUUGUUGUAUCGUUAAGCAAUAAUAUUUUUGCUGUGUUGUACAAAACUAGUUAAACCACUGAAUAAAAGCGAGCCUGCGUUCAGUGUUGAUCAAUUAAUGAUACUUCAUGUUAAAUCAAUGUUUGGAAAAUAUAGGUGAGGGGUUGCUGCAUGCAUGUAUUUCUAGUUUAUAUGAUAAAUGAUGCAAAUUUCAAUAGGUAUGUUGUUUAGCCAAUAAGUAGGUUUUAACUUGCUUAAAGAAGGAAAGCAAAGGUACAUUUUUAGUUAUAUGUGGGAGAUUCUUCCAUAUUAAAUCAAUUGUUCCAAACGAAAUUGCCUGUUUACCAGUAUUUAUAGUUCGAACAUAUGGUUUAUACAUAUUUAAAUUAAAUAUUAAUGCCCAGCAGAAAAUACGUAAAAAGAGCCAUAACAAAAAUAUAGAAGAAAUUACCAAAUAUGUGUGGCAACAAACCUUUGUGCCACAUAUGAAUAAAUUUCAAGGCAUGUAAGCGAUAUACAUUUUAAACUGUUAAGAUAUCAAGCAAAUUUAGCAAUGGAAUAUUGAUCUGAUUGCAUGAUUCUGUUUCACUUGUACUUUUUGUAUAAGCAACAUGCAAGUGCUGCCCCAUGCCAAAACCAUGUGUGAUAUAUAUGGAUAAAUAACACUAUAAUAAAUUUGUGAUAAUUGCUUGAUAGAGAGACAGUGUUGCAGUUUGGAUAAUGCUAAUGCCACAAGAUAUCCAAGAACAUAUAUAUGGUGUAUGAUACCUCCAGGAUAUCGUGUCAUCUAGCAUUAUACUGAAAUACUUAAUAUGACAGACUUGCCAACCUAUUCCAAAGAAAAGCAGGGAGAUCUACAACUUUCCUUGCCAAAAUAUAGUGAGAAUGGUGGAAAAAUAGUGAGAAAAUAAGAAAACAUGUUACAAUGCAUUUUCUCCAUGCAACUGUACAAUAGAAUGAUAAUAUCUGAGAAAGUUAUUGCUUCUACUUAUUUGCUGUUUUUUAUGCGCAUUUUGAAUUCACUCAGACAUGUUUCUUGUUGUACAUCAUAGUGGCUUUCUUUGAAUCUUCUAGCAUUUCAUCACUAGGCUUCUACUCAUGACAUGGCGUGGAUGAUUCGGGGUAUUGUGACUUCAUCGCCAAAAUGCUUGACAAGGUACCAUCGAGCUCAGAGGAGGAAUGAGGGUCUUCCCGAAAUGCAACGCGCGAAUCAGUGCGGCUCAUUAUUAUUCAAGCUAUUUAUUCUCAACGCGCCGUUCGAUUAAAAACUGUUGAAAUAAUUGCGAUUUUUGCCGUGAAGAUCUCGUUUUCUCAAAGGUAUGUUUCGAUAACCUUUUUGUUUAGUUAUUUAAUAAAAGAAUUUUUGAAUCAUUUUGUAUAUAUAUCGCAUUUUACUUAUGUUAAAUUCCGAUUAUAUUUAUGCAUGUUUUGGGUGUUGGAAAAGUGGCCUUGAAAUAUUCUGGAGUAAAUUGUACUUUUUUACAAGGAAACUAAAAUAAAAUUACAUGAGUGAAUUCAGGAAUGUUUACUCUUUAUAUUGAUACUUUAAAACAUGAAUUUACUCCAUAGAACAGAAGAGUUAUCGCGGUUUGAAAAUGAGCUAUUUUUGCUAAUUAUCGAUAAUAGCAAAAAUAGCUCAUUUUCAAACCGCGAUAACUCUUCUGUUUUAUGGAGUAAAUUCAUGUUUUAAAGUAUCAAUAUAAAGAGUAAACAUUCCUGAAUUCACUCAUGUAAUUUUAUUUUAGUUUCCUUGUAAAAAAGUACAAUUUACUCCAGAAUAUUUCAAGGCCACUUUUCCAACACCCAAAACAUGCAUAAAUAUAAUCGGAAUUUAACAUAAGUAAAAUGCGAUAUAUAUACAAAAUUAUUCAAAAAUUAUUUUAUUAAAUAACUAAACAAAAAGGUUAUCGAAACAUACCUUUGUGAAAACGAGAUCUUCACUGCAAAAAUCGCAAUAUAUUUCAACAGUUUUUAAUCGAACGGCGCGUUGAGAAUAAAUAGCUUGAAUAAUAAUGACUGCACUGGUUCAUGCGUUGCAUUUCGGGAAGACCCUCAUUCCUCCUCUGCAUCGAGCUUAAGUUUGGAACAGCUGUCCGUUUUGCUCUUCCGCACAAUGCUAAAAAGUCUCUCCUGUUCAGCAUUACUAUGCGGAAUAACUAACACAACUUCUGCAAUCUUUGAUAGGUGUUUAAAAUGAUUGUGCUGGCAUGUUAGUGGCAUUUUUAAGUGGGCUAGAUGCCACCAUAGGAUGUCGACUCUGUGAUGAACAAUUUGUUUCCAUCUUCAUCACUGCCAUCAACGACCUUUGCUUCUUCCCAUGCUCGUUCAUCAAUUGAAUCAUCAGUUAGAGCUUGAUAAUCUACAAAUUCAUCAUAUAGUUAAUCAAAAUUGAUAAAGUUAGUGAGAAAAAUUUGUCCAGAAAGUACUGUACAUUUUCCCAGGUAGCAUUAAGAGGGUUUGAUACAUCUACCCAAACAGCAUUACAUAAUAUAUCACUGUUAAUUGGAAAUUUUUCCUGAACGUAUUUCAAAGAACUCUUGAAGUAAUGAUGAGCAGCAGCAUGUAUUUUCUUGUAAUCUGAAUCACUAAUAGUGCCAUUAUUACAUAAUCGGUUGAGUGUAAACUUUCUGGUGCCUCCUAAAAAUAAUGAUCUUGAGUCCAUAAAGAUUUGUUCAUUAUCAAGGGUAAGUUCGGUUACUGAACCAGUGUCUUUCAUUACACUUGGCAGGACAAUACGAUUGGCAAGUUUUCUUCCAAGCCUUUCGAUUGCUGACUUCAGCACAUGGAUAGUUGACUCAUCUCUUUGCAAGAGAAGGUUAAAAUCAGUAAAUAAUGAAAUUGAAGAGGUUUGGAAGAGCAGGGCAGGUUCCAGUAAAGGAUUACCAAAAAGUCCGGACAACCUUUGAAAUCGUUGAUCAGCAAAAUAUUCACUUAAGAACUACGACUUUAAACUGGGAUACUUUUUAAGGAUUCUUUCCAUGCAGUGUUGUAAUGAUAACCAUCGAACAGAAAGAUGUUUCAAAACAGCUUGAUAUUCUUGAUUACAGAACUCAAAGUAUUCAAGGAGCUUGCGUUUUCACUUUGAACUCUUAUCAAACCAAUAAAAACAGUAUAUACAUACAUCUUCUACAUUAAGUCCUAAAACAUCACUAAAGGAAUCAUUAGCAUGACUUGCAGCUAUAUGAGCAAGAUGGCAUGGACAACCAGCAAUGAACAUUUCUGGAUUUCUCUCUAAGAAGUGCGAAGCUACAGAAUCGUUUCUUCCAAUCAUAGUACUAUUUGUAUUGUCAAUACUUAAACUAACACAAUUUGACCACAGCAUGGAAUCUUUGGUGAAUUUGGCCUCGAUGGCUUCGAAUAUUUUAAAAGCUUUGGCUCAAUGUUCUCCCUCUGUCAAGUACAUGUCAAAAAAAUGGUUUGUGACAGUGUUCGAUCGAUUAAUAUCAAAGAUUCUGAUACUAACAGGGUUCAUUUUCUUUACCCCUGUAUCAUUGGAUCCGUCCGUACCAACACUGUAAGGAUGCGUUUUACGGUGUUCUAUGAUGUACUUGUGACACUGGGGGCCAGGGUGUCAUUCACAAUAGCAGAUGUCUUGGUUCUUCCACAGGAAUAUGAUGAGGCUAUUGAACUAUCAGGAAAUAUCUCUUUGAAAAGAGGUCCAAGAUGAUCAGCAGUAGCUAUAGGCAAAUUAUGUUGAAUAAGGAAGUUUGUGACCAUCACUUCUGCUUUAGUAACCUUUUUUGAAAAGUUAGUUUCCUUGUUCAGUGCAAAGCAAAGAGUUUUUUGUUUCUUAAACGAUUUUCCCUUUUUUAUAUGUGUUUCGAUCACAAUGUGCCUUCACAUCGCCCAAACCUUGGUGGUGGCAUGAUACGUUUUUGCCACAAGGAAUGCAAUGGAACCUGUGUUUAUCAUUAGGAACUCCACGCGUUGGAAUCUCCUUUCCCCAUUCUGUUUUGUAAGCAACUUUGUAAGUUGCAGCACCUGUAUAUUUUCGUUUUAAAGUACUCUUUGAAACAUCACUGUCGCUGUCUGUGGAUUCAUUUUCGCUUGAUUGAAUAUCGGAUAUUGAUGUGGACGCCAUGUUUGAAUAAUCUCAUAUGUGUGCAUAAUUAUGCCUUACAGUGGGUAUAUUACUAUAAAUUAAACAAAUUAUGUACCAAUGAAUUAAUCAUUUAAAAUGUUUCAAUAUCGUCGAUCAUGCAGUAUGAAAACGUUACUACAGUAAAAUAUUGUGACGGCUAUUCUGUUAAAACACACGUCCACUAUGUAACUGUAUUUGUGGGAAAAUCACAUUAUUGCGAGUAAAAAUAUAAUAUAACAAUGUGAAAUUUUAAAAAUUGAGUUUUAGAACAAGAAAGAUCAUUUAUCGUGAGAAUUGAAUGUGGAAUUGUGAGACUGUGAGAUUGUAGUCAAAAUUGUGAGUCUCAUGGCAAAACCGUGAGACUUGGCAAGUCUAAUAUUAUCUUUCCUGAUCAAUUUUGUGUAUGUUCCAUCAUUUUUAAUUUGUAUUGUUGUUAAAAAAAUUUGUCUGGUGGGCUUUAUGAAUUAAACUCCUUUUACUUAUAUUAAUUGAUAACUUAUUAACAUCACACCAUUCCUUGACCUUAUCAAGUUCAGAGUUCAUCAAAAGCUUCAAGGGUUUUUAGGUUACUAAAGGUAGCAAAAAUAUUUGUAUCAUCAACAAAAAUUUUAAAUAAUAAAUUAUCUGAGCAAUUUGGAAGACAAUUUAUAUAAAUUAAAAACAACAAUGGUCCCAGUGUACUCCCUUGUGGAAUCCCACAAAUCAUAGUCUUUCUCGUUGAUUCAAAAUCUCCAAGUGUUACAUAUUGUUUCCCAUUACAAAGAUAACUUGCAAACCAUUGUAGUGGAAGACCUCUUAAUACCGUAAGCUUCCAGUUUGUUCAAUAGUAUAGUGUGAUUCACAGUAUCUAAUGCUUUUGCAAAAUCUAUGAAAACUCCACAAGUAUACAAAUUUUCAUUGAUUGACUUCCUCAAUGUUUUGGUAAUUUCUGUUAUUGCCUGUGUGGUUGAAUGUCCUUUACGAAAACCAAACUGAAAUUCAACUAGGGAUCCAAGGAUAGUGUGAAGUUUCAAAUUGAGAAAGACACUGCAAGAACUAUAUAGGGUCACUGACAACCUAGAAAAGCUGAUGGCUUACACUACGAAAUAACAGUGACCAAAGGCAUAUUUCAUCUCAUCUAUUGUUUUUAAUGCAUUCGGCACAUGAGUAGCGAGACGUUUGAAACAAGCCAAACACAUAAAAAACGUCAUGCCUCGUGGAACUAAUUGAGUCAUUAUUCAGUCCGCAAAUACCCGUCCAAUCCGUAUUCCCGAGUGUGUCUCGAAACUUUGACACGUUAUUAUUGUGUUUAUCGCGAAUAACAACCCAGUUACCCACACCCAUCUAUUAUGACGGUGAUUAUGAAUAAAAUUAUAGCCAGGAAUUCUCCGAGGAUUGAAGCCAGGUUUCAGAGAGGGCAAUGAAUGAAAAUUUAUGAUCAAUAUUCCCCAAAAAAUUAGAAAAAGUAUCAAAGUUCCUUGACAAACUACGAAUAUUAAUAUGAAGGAAAGAUAAAUCGUUAGAAGUUUCCUCAAUAUGUAGUUUUUCAUUAAAUUUAUGCUUGGUAUAAUAAUCACAGUUAUUAACGUCUUGAUAAAAAUUAUAGUCAGGGUCAAUUUGACCAACAUUUGCAAGAUUUUUCUUGGCACCAAUCAAAGAACUUAAUGGGUUGUAAAUGAGGGUAGAUAGUCUGUCUUCAUCAAAAUUUACAGGGCCAUUUUGUAAUUGAAAUAUCAUAUGCCUAAACUCAGCAUCAUCUAGAUUAUGAAAUGGUAAUGUAUCUUCCAGUAAAUUGAAUAAUAUCAAUAAAUAAUAGUAAGGAAUAAAUAACCCCACAAAGUGCACUUAGCUUAUGUAAAACUGGCUUUAAAGUUGUCAAAAUCUUUCGCUGACCCAAAUGAAAUUGAUCGGGCUUCUUCAUCUUUCUUCAAAUAUGGUUUUCUGUACUUAGUUCAAACGUAUUUGAAAUUAUGGAUCCGUCUAAACUCUCACACGGUAGAACAGUUCUUUUGCUUGUUGAGUAAGGCUUUUGUUAAUAUACAUAUUUUCAGAUGACCUUGUAAGUCCGAUAUGCGACGAGUUAUAAGUUUUUAAGUUACCUUUAGCUUGAUAAAUCUUAUCUCUUGUACUGCGUUUUGUAAACUUGGCAAUGAUUGUUGGAAUUCGACCCCUUUUACUCGGCAAUCGAUGACUAACUGAGAUAUCUGUCUGGCCAACUUCAACACCAACGAGCUCACCGACCCGCUUGACUAAUUCAUCGGUAUUCUCGUCAUGGCUUUCAGGUAUUCCAUGGAAUUCAAGACAAUCUCUGCGACUAUACAGGUUGAGAUUUUCUUGUUCUUCUUCUAGGUUACACAUUCUUUUAUUCAAUUCCUUUACUUUGUUCUUAAGUAGAAUAUUUUCGGACUUAAGCUGUUUAUUUCCUCUUGCAGCAGAGUAAACAACUUAAGUAAUUCGUCAAAUUUGUUGCCUAGGAAGUCUGGACUUUUUUGUAUAGCUUUUAAGCUCAUCUUGUGUUGAUUUAUUAUAUUUCAAAACUACCUCAUUUAGAUCCUUCAUUUGUGCUGUAAAGCAGCUAUCUAGGAUGUCUUCAAACGCUGACAAUGGAGGCAACGUGGCAUCAGAUGUUGAAGUGUUUGUUUGCUCACCUGUGGCAUUUGUUUUCUUCUUAGGAGGCAUAUUAAACCGCAUAAAAUAUGUUCAGAUUACUACAAGGUAGUAACCACUUAAAUAACAAUUCACAAUUAGCAAUAAAGAACUUAUAUUUUGCUUUUUACCGUCUAAGCUCCAUGUAACAUGUCACCACCAUCUUAGCUCCAUGUAACAUGUCACCACCAUCUUAGCUCCAAUAUCAAACUACCAUAUGAUGUGAUUGGGCUUAAGGUUUCAGAUAACCCCACAAAGUGCACUUAGCUUAUGUAAAACUGGCUUUAAAGUUGUCAAAAUCUUUCGCUGACCCAAUUGAAAUUGAUCGGGCUUCUUCAUCUUUCUUCAAAUAUGGUUUUCCGUACUUAGUCCAAACGUAUUUGAAAUUAUGGAUCCGUCUAAACUCUCUCACACGGUAGAACAGUUCUUUUGCUUGUUGAGUAAGGCUUUCGUUAAUAUACAUAUUUUCAGAUGACCUUGUAAGUCCGAUAUGCGAUGAGUUAUAAGUUUUUAAGUUACCUUUAGCUUGAUAAAUCUUAUCUCUUGUACUGCGUUUUGUAAACUUGGCAAUGAUUGUUGGAAUUCGACCCCUUUUACUCGGCAAUCGAUGACUAACUGAGAUAUCUGUCUGGGCAACUUCAACACCAACGAGGUCGCCGACCUGCUUGACUAAUUCAUCGGUAUUCUCGUCAUGGCUUUCAGGUAUUCCAUGGAAUUCAAGACAAUCUCUGCGACUAUACAGGUUGAGAUUUUCUUGUUCUUCUUCUAGGUUACACAUUCUUUCAUUCAUCUUAGCUCCAUGUAACAUGUCACCACCAUCUUAGCUCCAAUAUCAAACUAGCAUAUGAUGUGGUUGGGCUUAAGGUUUCAGAUGUCACUGUUUCCUGUCUGUGUGCAUGAUUAUUAUUUCACUUUAUAUUUUUCCCUUAGAAAAGUAAUAUUUUGUUUUUAUUUCACUGUUGUAAAACUGUAAUCACUGAAAGAACUUUAUUAAUUUUUAAAUGACAGGAGUCUACUGCUACCUGGAUCCAACGUGGUCAAGGCUCUUGCAGUGGCUGUGGCUGGAAAUAUCAUUGUCGGUAGAAACCUUUCCAUGGCCCUGUUCCAAAAAUGAAGAAACGUCCCCUGGUACCAAAAUGCACACUUGUUGUACAGACAGACAGGCGAAAGUAUGUAUUUAUUCUGCCAAUACUAGCACGCAUGAUGAUGGGUGUUUAGUCAUUAAACAAGAUAAAUCCUUGAUGUGCCAUCAUAACAUGUGCAAGCAGAAGAGAGCUAUCCAUAUCAACAGCCAAAAUGUGGAAGAUUUUAAUUGCAAUCAUCUGGAAAAUAUCCAAGAAUGCACCAUGCCACUCAAAACGUUUCAGAAGCUCCUUGGUGAGUUAUACCCAUGUGAUAAAAACACCAGGGGUUUCAGAAUAAGCCGGCGGAGUUCCGCCGGCUACUUGAACUUUAACCGCUGGCUACUUUUCGUCUGGCCACAGGAAAAAAUUAUUUACAAAG